AUGGCAUUGAGUGCACGAUCUGCUGCCAGAGCUCUACGAGCGGCCAAGGCGCGUCCUUUUGCGGCUGUACAAGCAUGUAGCUAUUCAUCCUCAUCCGAGCCGGAUCUCAAAGAGACUUUCAAAAAGGUUCUCCCCGCAAAGCGUGAGCUGUUGAAAAAGGUCAAGGCACAUGGCGAUAAGAAGCUCGGUGACGUCAAGGUCGAGAAUGCGCUGGGCGGCAUGAGGGGCCUCAAGGCCAUGGUCUGGGAAGGAUCAGUUCUCGACGCAAACGAGGGUAUCCGAUUCCACGGCAAGACGAUCAAGGACUGCCAAAAGGAGCUACCCAAGGGAACGUCUGGCACUGAGAUGCUUCCCGAGGCCAUGUUCUGGCUGCUCCUGACUGGCGAGGUCCCAUCAGUAUCACAGACUCGUGCGCUUUCGCGAGAGCUGGCCGAAAAGGGUGGCAUUCCCAAGUUCGUCGAGAAGAUGCUGGAUGACUUCCCCAAGGACCUCCACCCCAUGACACAAUUCGCAUGCGCUGUCUCAGCCCUCAACUACGAGUCCAAGUUUGCUAAAGCAUACGAAAAGGGCAUCAACAAGGCGGACUACUGGGAGCCUACCUUUGACGACUGCAUCAGCCUGCUCGCAAAGCUGCCUACCAUUGCCGCCAAGAUCUACCAGAACGCAUACCGUGGUGGAGGUGCGCUCCCCAACGAGAUCGAUCUGAACCAGGAUUGGUCCUACAACUUCGCAGCCAUGUUGGGCAAGUCUGGCAAGGAGAACGAGGGCUUCCAAGACCUUCUCCGGUUGUACCUCGCUCUGCACGGCGACCACGAGGGUGGCAACGUCUCGGCACACACCACACAUCUCGUCGGUUCGGCGCUCAGUGAUCCCUUCCUGAGCUACAGCGCCGGUCUUCAAGGUCUUGCUGGACCACUGCACGGCCUGGCUGCCCAGGAGGUGUUGCGCUUCAUCCUCGACAUGCAAAAGGUGGUUGGCAACAACUUUAGUGAAAAGGACGUCAAUGACUUCCUCUGGAGCGUUCUCAAGUCUGGGCGAGUCAUCCCUGGUUACGGUCACGCUGUGCUCAGGAAGCCUGACCCGCGAUUCGAGGCGCUCAUGGACUUUGCGAAUGCACGACCUGAGAUUGCAGCAGACCCAGUUUACCAGCUUGUAAAGAAGAACUCGGAGGUUGCUCCUGGUGUGCUUACCGAGCACGGAAAGACCAAGAACCCCUACCCCAACGUCGAUUCGUCCUCAGGCGUCCUUUUCCACCACUACGGCUUCAAGGAGACUCUGUACUACACUGCAACAUUCGGUGUCAGCCGUGGUCUCGGUCCUCUUGCACAACUCAUCUGGGACAGGGCAUUGGGUCUGCCCAUCGAGCGCCCCAAGUCCAUCAACCUCCAGGGUAUCCUGAACCAGGUUGGCGCGUAA